AUGGAUCCCACCAGCAGCAGCUGCAUGCGCAGUCCACAACCUCCUGCCCCACUUUGGGGGUGCCUGCGGAGCACCCACGUGGAUGUCACCACAGCUUCAGGGCUGAACCACUACACACCAGCACCGUUCUCCUUCCAUCAAAAAUCAGAUUUUGCUACCUACUCUGAUUUCUCAACCUCCUGCCUGGUGACUGCUCCCCAUAGCUUCCCACGUGAGGAGCAGGCAUUUGUGGAGCAGCCCCCCUCUUUCCAACAUUCUGACUGGCAUUUUGCAGCAACUGAGGCCAGAAGACGACUAAAUCCAGGACUGGCCUUGGGUUCUGGGGAGUCAGAAGGCAGCAGCCCAAAUGUUGUUAGUGCGACAGUGGUUAUGAAUGAAGAUGAUGAGGAACCAGUAAAUACUACAAAUGAGACUGAGAAAAAGUCAUCCAAAAGAAAAAAGGAAAAUUCAGGUAGGUGA